AUGGAGUUCUCGCGUUCGCGGUCAGUGGUUGUACGAGUUCCCCGCCGACCCGCUACUGUCGAUCGCGGCGUAAAUACAGAAUCGGAAGGAGGAUUGUUGCAGUCGCUCAUUCACCCGAAGCUUACCGGCUCCAAAAUGACGGUAUCGAGUGUGGAGAAUGAUCUAGCUGUAGCUAUACUAAUGAAGAACGAGGCAAUGGUGAAGUCGAUGAUAUAUGAUGGUAUCGAUGUUAAUUAUACCGACUCGAUAGGUAGCACACCUCUGCAUUAUGCCGCUUUUACUGGAGAUGUAAAAUUAUCGCUUAUGUUGUUAGAGACUGGUGCGGACAUGGAUGCUCAAGAUAACUUCGGAUUGACACCCCUGCAUAGAGCUAUCGCUGCUUUACAUUAUGAUGUUGCCAAGAUGCUUAUUAGUAAAGGAUGCAGGACGGACAUUCAGUGUAAAGCUUUACAAACUCCUCUCCACAUCUGUGCUAUCCACAAUGUGCCCAGUGUUGCGGAACUGUUGGUUCAAAAGCACUAUCGUGCGCUGCAUGCUGCCGAUACUCGUGGCUGUACUGCGUUGCAUCAUGCUGCUUACCAUGGAAAUGUGGACGUGGCCGAGCAUCUUCUGAAAGCUGGAAUAAACAUGGCAGCAGUCGAUAAGCUUGGACGUACGGCAGUACAUUCAAUGGCGUGCGGCGGAAGUUUGGAAAUGUUGAAAGUUUUGAGAGAAGCAGGCGCUAAUUUCAAAGUGUCCGACUCACGUGGGAGAACCAUAACGCACUACGCAGCUAUGGCUUCCCAAACUGAGCUGCUCAGAGCAAUACUGGAGAUUGACGACAAAGAUGUCAAUGCAACCGACAAAGAUGGUUAUACACCGCUGCAUUACGCUGUUCAAAAUGGACAAAAUACAAGAAUAAUUGAGCUAUUGCUGGAAAAGGGCAGCGAUAUAUCUGUGGCAGCUCAUGAUGGUAGUACAGCACUGCACGUGGCAGCUACAUUAGCGGAAUCCGCUAUUCCAAUUGAGUAUCUGGUCAAGUGCAAAGGUAUAGACUUGAACGCAAAGAACAAUGAUGGAAUGACACCUUUGCAUCUUGCCAGCGAGUGGUCGAAGGUGUCACGUGUGGAUGCACUGAUACAAGCUGGAGCGGAGAUUGAUGCAAGGUCAAACGAUGAUGCUACUCCCUUACACUGUGCUUCCAUUGGUGGACAUCAGCUGGUGGUUAAGCACCUGCUCAAAGCCGGUGCUGACGUGAACGCCAGGAUGAAAGGGGAUUUUACUCCGCUUCACUUGGCUGCCUAUAAUUCAUGUCGAACAGUGGUGCAAACAUUGGUAGAAAUGGGAGCGGACAAAGAAGCAAAGGAUGCAUCUUCCAGAACUCCGCUCCUGUUAGCUUCGGGUAGCAUCGCGAGUAAUGGAGCUUUCACUGUGGAAUACCUCGUAAAAAGCAAAGCUGAUGUAAAUGCGACAGAUGAUAGUGGCGUAACGCCUUUGCACUGGGCUGCAUCGAGAGGCUUGGAAAAGACGGUGGGCUUUCUUCUGAAAGGAGGAGCUGAAGUGGACAAAGUUGACAGAUAUGGUCGCAAUGCUCUUCACAUGGCCGUACUUUCCCGUUCUCGUGUCACGCAAGGGCUGCUAUGUGACGCAAGCCCGAAAGCGGUCAGAAGCCAAGAUUGCAAUGGUUUCUAUCCUCUGCAUUAUGCAGCUUUCAAAGGCGACGAUAAACUUUGCACCUAUCUGCUUAAAUUGAUGGAUGCAGCGGAGAUGCCGUCAUCCGGCGUUUCUCGAGCAAUUACACCGCUACAUUUGGCAGCCAUGCAUAAUGUGGCAAAACCAUUGCUUCCUUUGGCUGAAGCUGUUAAGAAGAAAUCCUCAGCCACUCAUAAUCUGACUAGGAAUCGUGCUAUUGUGGAUCGACCAUUGUUCGCAGUCAUGGAUGCCAAAAAACGCAUUCCUCUGCAUUAUGCAAUGAAAUAUGGUAAUUACGAGCCAACCAAAACGCUCCUCAGUCAGCCAGGUGCAGAGCUAUGCCUUACGUGGCGGGACAAAGAUGAAAUGACUCCGUUACACUUUGCUGCUGCAAAUGGCAAGAACACCUGCAUAGAAUGGGUACUGAGGAAUUUUAGCAAGAUUAGUGUGAAUAGAAGAGACUCCAAAGGAAGGUCAGCAGGCAUGCUUUCCCUUACCUCGCUUUCCGGUCCAUACUGGCCUCUUAUUCAAAAGAGCAACAUGGAAAGAUGCGAUAAUAUGGGUAGAGGUUACCUUCACCGUGCUGUUUAUUCCAAGUGCGAAGACGCCUUGAGAAGAGUGCUGGACAAAUGUAAUCCAAACCUGAAAGACGUGAACGGAGUAACACCGCUACAUGUAGCAGCUGCCAUCGGAUGGCGUGAUGCUGUGGUCAUACUUCUGAAUAAAGGAGCAGACCCAACCCUUGCUGACAACAGAGGUUUCACAGCAAUUGACUGGGCUGCUGCAUACAACAAGCUGGAUAUUCUGAAUGUGCUGCUACCCACCUCAGCGAGAUCCAGCCCUACCAGUCUAGAUUCUGCACUUGGAAGCGCUGGUAACACCUCAUCUCCCUUCGAUGCAUCUGGGGAGGCUUUACCUGGAGAUAUUGAUGGGACAACGAACACAGCGGCUGAUGUCAAACCUUUGCAUGAAACCGAACCAUGUGGACGAGCCGGCUUACUUUUUGCCGCCUACUUCGGCCACCUACAAGCGGUCACUCGUUUGUUAGAGUACAAUCCAAGACUUAUCGAUGUGCGUGAUCCUCAUGGGCGAACUGCUCUACAUCUUGCGGCAUGGCGAGGAUGUUAUGACUGCGUUGACUAUCUGGUAGGAAAAGGCGUUUCCGUAGAGGCUGUUGACAAUAAUGGAGCCACAGCGCUGAUGUACGCUGUCAGAGAUCCGAAGUCUGUCCAUAUCGUAGAAUAUCUCCUCAGCCUUGGAGUUGAUCUGUUUAAAAAAGAUUGCAAUGGUAAUACUGUGCUUCAUCAUUGUUGUUUGAGUAAAAAUGAAGAAAGUGGAAAGGUAUUGACUGCUGUCCUGGACAAAUAUGAUCGGCAACGAGUUCUGUGCAAUGCUACAAAUGAAAAUGGUGAAACUGCAUUACAUAUUGCUGUAAGAAAUGGCCUUAUCGAAUUUUUGUUGAUGUUUAUUCCGUACGGGUCAAAAUCCAUAUCGAUAGCGGAUGCUCAUGGACGCAUACCGUUGAUGUGCGGUACUGAUGAUCCAGAUAUUAUAGACUGUAUGAGAUUAGUGCUCGCUUGUAUGAUGGACACCCCUGCAUCCGAGCUGUCCAGCAUCUUCUUUAGCGAUCGGCGUCAGAGCCAAUCAACCGUUCGCAAAUCUUCGUUGGACACUGAAGAUGCUGAGUUUUAUUAG